AUGCAUUCGACUAAAGAAGAUCAAGUAGCUAUAAAAUAUUCUGAAAGAAGAUAUUUUAGUUUGAUGGAUAAUGAUCAUUACUAUUAUUUGGUUCAGAAUGAUUCUCUUUUAACAUGUACACUACGAAAUUUUACCGAUACUUCAAGUGAAAUGAGAUUAAUUAAUGGUGAAAGUCAAAGUCUUAAAAAGUUACCUAUGUGGCUGUUAUUUCGAAAAGCUAUAAUUUAUCUGUGUGUUGUAUGGACUGUUUAUAUGAUUACCUAUCAAGACUUCAUCAAGCCUCCCAUAACCGAUCAAUCUUGGCCAUGGCUUAGAACCAGUUUCGUUUCAAAUAUUCAAGCUCAGCAAGCGUACGAUAACGGUACAAAUCGAAAUUUGAAUAAAUCUAUGAAUAAUAAGUCAUUUCGAUUGAUGAUUCCAGCAACUAUGGAAGUUUCAAAUAAAAAUUCAGUGAAACAGCAAGCUGCAUUGGAAGCUCGACAAGAUCUGAGAAGUACUCAAGGCAAUGUUGAACAAGCCAUUGAAUUCAUCAUCGAAGUUAGCCAAACAAAUGUUUCAUCAUAA